CGCGGAGGGCGGGGUCGGGCCGGGCCAACCCGAGCCGGGACACAGCCACUGCUGCGGGGCUGCGAGCCAGGCCCCAGCCAUGAUCCCCACACUGCUCCUGCUGCUGCACAGCGCUGCCGCCGGCCGCCCCCUGCCUGCUGCCACCCCCCGCCUCAAGCUGCCCUUCCCUGAGCUGCGGGCUCGCCAUGGGCUGCGCCUCUUCGCACUGGAGCGGUCGUGCUGCUAUGAGGCCCUGCUGCUGGAUGAGGAGCGCGGCCGCCUCUUUGUUGGUGCCCAGAACCAUCUCCUUUCCCUGGCCCUGGAUGAUAUCAGCCAGCGGGACAGGAAGCAGAUCUACUGGCCAGCACCUGUGGAAUGGAGGGAGGAGUGCAACUGGGCCGGCAAGGACAUCACUGCCGAGUGCAUGAACUUUGUAAAGAUGCUGCAUCCCUACAACCGGACUCACCUGUAUGCCUGCGGCACCGGUGCCUUCCACCCUGUCUGUGCCUUCGUGGAGGCUGGCCAGCAUGCGGAGGAGCCCAUCUUCAAGCUGGACCCCAAGCAUGUUGAGGACGGCAAAGGGAAGAGCCCCUACGACCCCCAGCAUGCGGCUGCCUCCAUCCUCGUGGGCGAGGAGCUCUACUCCGGGGUGGCCACUGAUCUGAUGGGCCGUGACUUCACCAUCUUCCGCAGCCUGGGCCAGCGUCCCUCCAUCCGCACGGAGCAGCAUGACUCCCGCUGGCUCAAUGAGCCCAAGUUUGUGGCAGUGUUUUGGGUGCCGGAGAGCGAGGACCCUGACGAUGACAAGAUCUACUUCUUCUUCCGCGAGACGGCAGUGGAGCGGCAGCAGGGGCUGGGCAAGACCAGCUUUGCCCGCAUCGGCCAGAUCUGCCGGAAUGACGUAGGUGGGCAGCGCAGUCUGGUGAACAAGUGGACGACCUUCCUGAAGGCUCGGCUUGUGUGUGCCGUGCCGGGGUCUGACGGGGCAGACACCCACUUUGAUGAGCUCCGGGACGUUUUCCUGCUGCAGACAAGGGACAAGCGCAACCCCCUGGUCUACACUGUCUUCUCCACCUCCAGCUCUGUUUUCCAGGGAUCAGCCAUCUGCAUUUACACCAUGGCUGACAUCCGACGGGCUUUCCUGGGCCCCUUCGCACACAAGGAAGGUCCCAACUACCAGUGGGUAUCAUACCAGGGCCGUGUGCCGUAUCCCCGCCCAGGCAUGUGCCCCAGCAAAACCUUUGGUACCUUCGGCUCCACCAAGGACUUCCCAGAUGAGGUGAUCCAGUUUGCCCGGCACCACCCACUGAUGUACAACCCAGUGCUGCCCCACGGCCAGCGCCCCCUCUUCCUGCAAGCUGCCAUGCCCUACACCUUCACCCGCAUCGCCGUGGACCGCGUUACCGCCACUGAUGGCCAUUACGAUGUCCUCUUCAUUGGCACAGAUGUGGGCACGGUGCUGAAGGUGGUCUCUGUGCCCAAGGAGAGCUGGAAUCACAUGGAGCCGCUGGUGCUGGAGGAGCUGCAGGUCUUCCAGGACGCCUCCCCCAUCACCAGCCUGCAGCUCUCCUCCAAGCGGCAACAGCUCUAUGCUGGCUCAGCCACAGCACUGGCACAGCUGCCCUUGCACCGCUGCAGCGCCUACGGCAAAGCCUGUGCUGAGUGCUGCCUGGCCCGGGACCCAUACUGUGCUUGGGAUGGCACUGCCUGCACCCGCUAUGUGCCCAACACCAAGAGGCGUUUCCGCCGGCAGGAUGUCCGCAACGGUGACCCCAACAUGCUGUGCUCCGAAGACCCCCGGCGGGGCAGUGUGCCCCAGAAGCAGCUCUAUGGGGUGGAGGGCAGCACAGCCUUCCUGGAGUGCAUCCCCAAAUCCCUGCAAGCCCACGUGUUCUGGACAUACCAGCGCACCCAGGAUGAUCCCCAGCGAGAGGUGCAGAUGGAUGAGCGUGUGGUGCGGAUGGAGCGGGGUGUUCUGCUGCGCAGUGUGCAGCGUGCCGACGCUGGCCUCUACCUGUGCCACGCCACCGAGCACGGCUUCACCCAACCGCUGCUGCGGCUCUCCCUGGAGGUGAUCGGUGCCCGGCGGGCAGCGGGCACGGCACGUGAAGGAGACCCCCAGCUCACCGGGGGGUCCAACCACAAGGUCUGGUACCAGGACUUCCUCCAGCUGGUGGAGCGGCCACCGCUGGGGGCUGCGGAUCGGAUGUGCCAGCGGCUCUGGACGCGGGGCAGACCCCUACUACCCACCCGUGCCCAGGCCGGACCCCCAGGCCGCGGGCAGGGUGAGGAGCUGCACAGAGCUCGCCGCCGGCGCACACACGAGGGGUCGCGGGCAGAGCGGGGCCCCCGCAGUGCAUCCCCCUGGUGACCCCGGGGCCGGCCCCGGGUGCCGGGCUCUGCCCAGGAGCGGGGCCGUGGGCAGGGGCAAAGCCCGCACCAGUGUCAGCCACCCGCCGGCAGCACCGGGGCAGGGGCACAGGCACAGCCGGAGGCUGCAGCACCAGGCCCAGGAGGGCAGCCGGACUGACCUACCCCCAUAAGGAGCUGCUGGGCACCCUUGCCACCGGCUCCACACGGGUGGGGGCACCCAGCCGGCUGCCAGCACCGCGGAGUCACCCAAGUAUUUAUUAACGACUGUUACAGUUGAAUGUAAGCAUGCCCUGGUAGGGGGUGGCAGGGCCAGGCUAUACCUCACCCCGGGCAUGGCACCACACGGGGGGAGGGCAGCAGGGCCACCCUCGGGUCCUGGGGGGGCUGCAGUGGGCAGCAGAGUC